AUGAAUCCAAACGACUAUACCUCGAUACCCCAACAAGUCAAGGAAAACUCUCACGAGACACCCCCAUAUGUAUCAUUUGGGGAUAACGGUACAACCGCAAGUCUCAACGCAUUCGGAGAGCUCAUACACAUCUCCCAGGCUCAUGAAUCUAGCCGUUCAGGCUUCUUCUGCGUGGAUCUUGCUAAAACACCGGAGCCUUGGUUUGUUCAGGAACGGACAGAAGCACUCAUGAACGCCAAUAAGAGCUUUGGAGAAGGUAUGUAUACCUAUACGACGAGUUCUGCGAAUAUUCCCGAAGAGUCAACGGCAACGAGGCUAGAAUUCAUUCACGAUCGAUGGCCACUUCUGACUACCGAAUACGGUCACGCCACACUUAAAGUCUUACAUGUCGCAUUCAAAAACACUGUCUUCCAGCAGUUUCAAUGGUCAACGGAAGAGUCUUCUGUCGAAUUUCCGAUGGAUUCAACAUCGAAGUGCCACCCUGAGCUGUACGAAGACCAAAAGUCCAGAGACAAGUAUUGGCACCGCACAUUCGAAGUUCCUUACGCUCUUUGGCAGUUCAGAGACUCUGCAACGUCUCAAUCCGUUACGAACAAGCAAUCUAACCAGAAUCGGACAGAUUUGCAUUCGCAUCCAAAUCCACAGGGAUUGGAUUUAUCUAGCAUUCAUAUGGAAAUGAAGAGGUGGACACCUUUCAACAACUUUAUCGUACAACUGAGCAUAGUUGAACUGUUGGAUGAAUGGCUGUACAAGUUUUCAAGUAUGUUCACUGACAAAUCGGCCCCCGAAGACCUUGAGAUAAUCAAGGAUGCAAUUUCCGGGCCACAGGUCGUUGUCAUCGACAUUCCAAAGGUCGACGGAAAAAUUACAACCGAAGAUCCUACGAGUGAUAUAAGGCUGCUAGAAAUAGGAGAUAUGUACAAAAAACCGAGAGAAAAGCGUACCGUACAAAAGAGCAAGAAACGGCUCAUCUGGAUUGUGAACCCCAACCUAGAUACGAGAAAGAUCUACUGCACCACAUCCGCCAAGGGGGAGACGGAUUACUUGGACUUCUUCUUCCAGAGGCACGUCGAUAAGUGCAAAUACGUCUCCGAUGAAGUGACAGCAACUGCAAACUUAUGGACGACUGAGUUUCAUCUGUCAUCCUACCGACUGUCCAAUCGCGCAAAUGAUAGGGAGGAGACCAGUGUAAUGUUUUUGGGAGACAACAACUUGCUCAUGGAAAGAGAAGGUGCAGGUUUCCGGUUUGUCGGGGACUUCUUCGAUCGUUAUUGGACUUGUCACGUUCUUGAGAUCAGCUUACAACACCACUCAAAUGACUCAACACGACUCUAUUACUCAUUCAAAGAACACAGAAAUGACACCGAGCUGGAAGUCGAAGACGCAUGUAAGAGUCUCAAAGAUAUCCUCGAGCUCAAGAACUUGAAUCUAGAUUUCUAUCAACACAAGAAGCCGUGGAGGCAGCGGAAGGUGCUAGAACUUCUUCUAGCCGACCAAAUGCUUAAGAAGAUUGAGCAGCGCUACAGGGGAAUCAUACAGGAAAUGUGCCAUCAUCUGGAGCAGUUGAAUCCUCGUCCAAAUAAAAAGGAAAAAAUCUCUGAAGCGAACAUGGUCUCGAUCUCGAUCGAAUUGUUUUCGAAGCAGAUGAGCAACGGCACUUACUCGACUUUCUGUAAGACAUAG